ACCAGAUUCUCCUUUCUCAGUUGCCAAUUGCUCGAGUAAGAGUUGUUUGCAAUGGCCGUCCUGCAGAAAUCUGUGAGCUCCCUCCUCCUAGGGACUCUGGCUGCCAGCUGCCUCCUUCUCAUGGCCCUGUCGGUGCAGAGAGGAGCAGCCGUGCCCAUCGGCUCCCACUGCAGGCUUGACAAGUCCAACUUCCAGCAGCCUUAUAUCACCAACCGCACCUUCAUGCUGGCUAAGGAGGCUAGUUUGGCAGAUAACAACACAGACGUCCGUCUCAUUGGGGAGAAACUAUUCCGCGGAGUCAAUAUGAGAGAACGCUGCUAUCUGAUGAAGCAGGUGCUGAACUUUACCGUUGAAGACGUGCUGCUCCCCCAGUCUGAUCGGUUCCAGCCCUAUAUGCAAGAGGUGGUCCCCUUCCUGGCCAGGCUCAGCAACAAACUAAGCCCAUGUCACAUUGAGGGUGAUGACCAGCAUAUCCAGAGGAAUGUGCAACAGCUGAAAGACACAGUGAAAAAGCUUGGAGAGAGUGGAGAGAUCAAAGCAAUUGGAGAACUGGAUUUGCUGUUCAUGGCCCUGAGAAAUGCCUGCAUUUGACCAGAGCAUAGCCAGAAAAAGAAUAACUGAACCUUCUUGCCUGUUAGAUAUCUCAAUAAGAUCCCCGAAGGGUUUUUU